CCGUUGUUGUUUUUUUUUUUACCGCUUGUCCCUUUCGGGAUGGCGGGGGGUGCUGGAGCCUCACCGAACUCAAGUUGUGACUCGAUGAAGUGUGUAUUGGCGUGUUUUCUCGUGUUCGCGUGGGCCGGGUCGUCCACCAGCGAAGCAUUCAGAGGGUGUGGGCUGACAGAUGUGCUGGCGGCCUACUCGCAGGGUCACGGCCCUCAGCACUCCCAUCGCUACGUCAGAGACUGUCAGCCCGUCGUCCACGGCAACACCACGCAUGAGACCUGGACCUCCAACAAGGACCCUUUGCUGCCCGUGGCCGAGUCCUACGUGUUUGUGUCACGUCUGCAGAACAGAGUAGUGAGCGGUCACUUCACCGUGGUCAACGACCCGCUCAGGACCGUGACGGUGCUGGAGCCCGGCGGUCCAGGAGGCUGCGACCUUCGCAAGUUUGCCUCGGUGGAGGAAAGUGCGCAGGCGGGCGGGUGUUUGUACGCUCUGAACGCCGGUUUCUUCGACCCCACGGGCGAGUGUCUGGGUAACGUGGUGAGCGACGGCCGGCUGGUGAAGAACAGCGGCGGCGUGCAGAACGCCCAGUUUGGCAUCAGGAGGGACGGCACUCUGGUGUUUGGGUACUUGUCUGAAGAAGACAUCCUGGACCAGUCCAACCCUUUUGUCCAGCUGGUCAGUGGCGUGGUGUGGCUGCUCAGAAAGGGUCAGGUCUACAUCUCGUCCAGUCUAAAGGCGGAGUGUGACAAGUUACAUGGCUCUGGUGAGUUCAGUAAUUUCACCGACGUCGUCUCGGCGAGGACGGCCGUGGGCCACGACGCUCAGGGCAGGCUGAUCCUGUUCCAGCUGGACGGGAAGACCGGAAAACGAGGAGUGAGUCUUUGGGAGAUGGCUGACCUGAUGAAGGAGAAGGGAGUCAUCAACGCCAUCAAUCUGGAUGGAGGCGGGUCUUCCACCUUUGUGUCCAAUGGCUCGUUAGCCAGCUACCCUUCUGACGAUUGUAAAGCAGACAAGCGUUGGCGUUGUGCUCGGCGAGUCUCCACCAUCUUGUGUGUCCACCCACGCCGCUGCCAGCUGUCAGACGCCACAGACGACACAAACUUGAAGAUGGAAGACAACAUUUACCUGACAGAAUCAACAUGGCUGACGGUCUGCGUCGUCCUGAGCGCCGUGCUGCUGCUGUGUUGCCGGCGGUGCCUCAGCAUGGCGAUCACGCUGACCUGCCACCAUCUACGGCGCCGCUGCCCUGGAGGAGUCCAGGAGAGAGUUUAGGGAUAAUGGACUCUGGAGUUGACAUGACUUGAAUCUUCUGGUGGAAAAAAAGGUAAAACCUGACUUGGUUUUUAAAUACUGUCAGGGUUUUUUUUUCAUUUAAAUUCAUUGCCAUAAAGUCUGCAUCUAAUGUACGUUUGUGUUAAUAAGCACGAGAAUUUAAAGUAAAGUAUUUGUACUUCAAUGUGUGCCAAAUAGUUAUUAGGGAUGCAACAGUAUCGCA